AUGGUCGCCUCCAACGACACGCCAGUCGCGUCGUCGUCGCGCUUGCGGCUCGGACAGUCCCCUCCGCCGCCGCCGCCGCCGCCUCCGGCCCGCCGGUACCGUCGAGCACUGCGUCGCAACGCACGAGUGAUCGCGUUUGUCCUCGUUCUCACCGCGCCCUAUCUCGCGGCCGCGUCCCCCGUACCUCCUCCUCAUCGUGCCCGUGGACACCGUACAGGCUACGAUCCACAUUCCCUUCCGACCGACACUCCCAUUUCUGCUCCCUUUCCUUAUUCCGACCCACCAAGCACCACGGGCUACCGUAGUGCUAGCAGCUGGACAACACGAAUAGCCGAGACGGCGCUGCUUGCAGGUCUCAACAUUCUCCAGGACACUGCACGAGCUGCCGUCUCGAUUUCUCGACGAGAAACAGGCGGCAACGCUGCUGCGUGGACCCAGCUCGACAUUGCUCGCCGUACAGACCACGGGUACUACCGCGUACCGGACGAUGUUGUCGAGCUCGAGCAAUCCGUCAACGCGGGCUUUGUCGUCUUGUCAUAUCUGAUUUCCUUUGUGGGGUCCAUGUGCACCCUCGAACUUCUCAUCCGACGUACUUCCAACCGCGGCGCGUCCAACCUCAUUCUUCUCGCGUUCGCUGGUAUCUGCUUUGGCGCAGUCUCCACCUUUGCCAUGCACUUUGUGGGCAACCAGAGUCUCACACUCCACCACCCGGACCUGGAAGAGACCCUUGCCCUCACGUAUUCAGCCGCCUAUACGGUCCUUUCUCUCGUGGCGUCGUGUCUUGCCAUGACGUUUGCCUUUUUCGUCAUGGGCACCGACAUUCGAUGGCGGAACUGGUACUGGCCAUGCCGCGGCCGGCGUGAGCGACAGGACGCACGCAACGACUAUUCUCGCUGGAAGGCCCAGAAGCGCGCGGCCCACAGGAGCACCAAUGUCGGCACCAUCUUCCAGCAGGCAGGCAUGGUCGCCAGCUGGUCGCUCAUGGACAACCCAAAGAUGGCCGCCACCAAAGAGGCACCGCGUAGCUGGAAGGACAUUUUCCUGGCCACACCGAAAGCUCAGCAGCAGAGCACCAUGCCGUACAUGAACGGCGACUUUGACAACGAGGACCAGAUGGUUAAAUACGACAAGGACCUCGGCGAGCUCGACUUUCGCUUUGGCCGCGGGGCCGUCCGCGAGGAGAUUGACAGGCGGCACCUGCGUGUCGGGUCGCCCACGUCGGAUGCCUUGCAGUCGCCAAACAGCUCCGACGGUGGCAUGCCCGCGAUCAUGAGCAGCCUCCCAACGUCGCCACUCGCUGCAUACUACCCCACCGGUGGCGCUGUGCGUGACGUUGCCGCCGAGCCGCAGAACCUCCGCCCUCCUACCCCUCCCCACCAGGUCUUCAGCCCCGACUACCAGUUCCCCCCUCGCUCCCCCAUCGACACUAGCUCCACCACCAACUUGAUCCCCCGCAAGACCGAAGUGCCGCCUCCCUUGCCCGACGGCAUUCCUCCAGGAGGUUGGAACAACCACAACGACGGCACCGUGCCGCUCCUGCGUGCCCCGCCACCGGCGCCGUUCCCGCGCCGGGCGUCUCUCCCAGUUCUCCAGCCCCCUCCCCCUCCUCGCGUCGCCCAGACUCUGGCACGUAUCCAGAGCUUGCCAGAGCACGAACACGACGUCGAGCUCGCCGUCCAGCGCAACUCGGACGACUCAAAGGAGCAAAACGGCCAUGCCAACGGCGGUAUGCCCAUGGGACAGGACGAGAUGGCCGAGCAGAGCAGUCUGUCGCACCACGUGCUGUACGAAGAGGACCACGAAUACGUGGCCGAGAAGAAGCGCGGCUGGCGCAAGAGGUUGCGCGACAAGAUCCAGGCUGGCACGCCGCUCACCACCUGGGAGCGCACCCAGCGUUUCUUUGGUCUGGACAUUGUCACGUGGGGUGGUGUGAUCAAGAUUUGCCUCACGGGCAUGUUUGCUGGAUGGGGUGUGGCCGCGAUGCACUACAUUGGCCAAGUCUCGAUCAACGACAUCCCGUACACUGCCUACCGUGUCAGCUACGUUGUGGGCUCUGUGAUUAUCGCCUCGGGAGCCGUCAUCAUUGCACUUUACAUCAUGUUCAUCAUGCUCCGCCCAAAACUCAAGCACUCGUGGACGUCCAAGACCGUUGUCGCCAUCAUUCUCGCCGGAGCCGUUUGCGGCAUGCACUACACGGCCAUGAAGGGAACCAUCUACGGCUGGCGUGUCGGCAAAAAGCCCAAUUCGUCCAGUGCCAUUAGCGGAACAAAACGAGCCAUCACAGGUCUCGUGGCGGCCCUCGCGUUCGUGGCGUGCCUCGGCGUCAUUGCGUUCAUCAUGAUCAACUCUAUGCGCGACCGCAAGGAACGUGCCCGUCGCCGUCGCGUUGUCGUCGCUUCCGUGCUGCUUGAUGAGCAUGACCGCAUGCUCGUCAGUGCCAUUGACGGCCUUUUGCCCAUGUGUGACAUUGCGUCCCUCACCACUGCCGACCAGCCUGUCAAGAGCAAGAAGCGGUCCAGGUCCAUCCACGACGGCGCGUCGUCGACCGAGAGCUCGGCUCUUGCCGUCGACCUCACCACUGCCAACGAGGCAUUCGUCCAGGCCGUCAAGAUGUCAUGGUCGUGGCGCAACCCGUUCUGGUCGGCCAUGAACCCCUUUUCGUCGUUGACGGACAUUUCGCCCACCAUCCCUGUCGAGGAGGCGCCGCUUCCAGAGCAGGAGCAGGACCAGCAGCAGCAGCAAUCCGACGUGCCGCACCUCCAGCACCGCGGAUCGACCGUCACGGCCGCAGAUUCGCUCGCGUCCAGUAUGGUGGCGGGCAACACUCGCCUCAACGUCGCGCGCUUCCUUGAAAAGUUUGCCAUUUGCGCCACGCAGCUUUCCGUCCGUCUUACCGGUCAGAACGAGGGCAUUGGCCGUCUUGGUGUACUCUACGACCAGAUCCUCACCACUGGCUGGGUGCGUCUUCGUAACGGCAAGGACACAGUCUCCAAGGGCCAACUCAUCUUCCUCGUGCGCCGCGUCACCUCGGAGCAGGAGCGCUCCGACCUUCUUUCGCGCCACUUUAUCUUUGCCGACACGACGUCGGUCGCUACCUCUCUCCACAAGACGCUGUCGACGCCGUAUGACCACGUCAUGCCUCUUCUCGAGGACAUGCGCGGGUUCUGCGACUCGACGAUGCGCAUGUCGCUCCGCCCCAACACGCUCUAUGCGGGCGUGGUCGUGGUCCAGGCAACGCCGUUUGACGGGCUGCGUAUCCUGCUCAACCAAAAGAGCCGGUCGCAGCUCCCGAUGCGCGAAGUGUGCACCUUUUCAACGCUUCCGGGCCUCCCUGUCAACGUCACCGACUCGCUGGCCGGAACCCUCGAGGAGAUUGGCGAGGCUGUUACCUGGCUCGAGGGCAUGGACCUGCUGUCGGUCAUUGUCCGCAACAUGGCGCCCGAGGCCAUUCGCGUCGGCGGUCCCCGUGUGGGUCGCCUUCUCUCGGCUUUGGAGCGCGCCGUGGUUCCCAUGCUCGACGAGUUGCUCUCGCACGACGACAUGGCCUACAUUCUGCCGCGCCUGACGCUGCACCCGGUCCUGGUGCCGCUCACGCCCGCGUCGCCGCCGCGCAAGGGUGUCCCUGGCUGGGUCCCACCGCACGUGAUUGUGUUUUACGCAAACUACGACGUUGCCGUCAACACGUUUGCCGACAAGUGGCUCCCCUUCAAGCUGUUCCGCGCUCAACACGACUGUGUCAUGGCAUCCAAGAUCAGCGCCAUCACACGCGCCGCCGAGUCGGCAGCAAACCCCCAGCGCACCACGCCGGGCGCGUCGUCCCCGGCCCUCUCGCCAGGACUCUCGAUCACGAGCUCGGCCGCCGACCCAAACCGCUACAACUACGCCCGUCGUCCGAGCAAGGUCCAGUUCGAGGUACCCCCCGCUGCGCCCACUGCCGGCCCCACCGUCGUUGAGGCGGCGUCGUCGUUUUCCAACUAUACCUUCCCUCCCCGCGACCCGUACGCCGGGGCCUGGGCCGGGGCCAGCGCCAACGCGUCCCCUACCGCCGUCACGGGCGGCCAGUCGUUCCCGCCCCCGCUCUUCUCCUCGCGCGACCGCCAACCCCCGCGCCGCUCGUCUCUGGCCAAGAGCACGUUCCGCGACGAGGCGGCCGCCCCAGACGCCAUCGUCAUGACGCGUCCCGGUGUCGCCGACUAUGACGCCAACUGGCUGCUCACGCUGCUCCGCACGCGUCUGAGAGCGGACGCUUAG